AUGUCAGCCCGGCCAUCCAGUUCACUUGGUUUCAACAGGAAUGCCUCUGCAGUCAGCUUUCCCAGCUCAACUAGCUCUGAGCAAGCUCGACGGAGAGCGGAUUCGAGUGGGGUCGUCCCCUCGGGAACGGCGCUGGCUGCCGAACUGUACGCCAGUCUGUUCCCAUUGGAUAGUCUUGAUAACCAAGACUUGUCCAUUCCUCCCCCACCUUACGAGCUCAUCGAUCCCAUCUCGCCUGCCAUCACUCAUCACAACACUCAUCAACCUAAUAGUAACACCACCCUCGCUAGUGGCCACACUCAUCGGAGCGGUAAUAGUCCUGAUGCCCAGUCUGCAUCAGCCUCUAGAAGUGCUUUGUCAAGAAGUACCCCGCCUAGUGCAUCAACCUCCAGGAGUGGUGUCCCAAGAAACACCCAGUCUGCCCCCACUUCUAGCCGCAGGAUCAGCCCGGCAGGACAGGCCAAAGACAAGAGCGGAUCAAGGAAUGUCGAUCCGGCUCAUCAAAACAACCAUCGGCGUGCCCCUCGCGGGCCUCGGCCACCUCUGAACCAUCGCUCAAGAUCUGAACACGCUCUCAAAACCACCGCCGGCUUGCUCGGGGACCAUGCCCAAUUUUCAGGAGGCCGCAGUCAUGGCCAUCCCCACUCACCCACUGGAGAAGGCCUCCUUGGCCAGUCCGCUAAACAUCCUCUCCGCACCCUCAUGAAGCUUCCCGGACGCCCUCCCCUCCCCUCCAUCGUCGAUCCCGAUAAGGCCUAUCAGCCCAUCAUCUACCAGCCGUUCUCACCCCCUCCUACCCCCGUUUCCAGUCGGCCGCCUCUCAGCAACGCCUCAAGACAGAACAGGUCCAGACACCAAAGCUUCGGUCUGCAACGCUCGAACCAUAUCAGGGCCAGUCUGAUCACAGGCUCGGUCCCGGUCCCCUCUGCAACCCCCUCCAUCAAUUCUCCGCCGACAACAAACUCGACGACGGCGAUGAUGAUGACGAUGGGCCAGGCGGGUCGACUGCGCAAACGGGCCAGCGACUCGUUCCAUGCCGAGCCCGUCUGGGCCGGCCGUCGUCCGUUCCUCCUCGACCACCCCGUCGGCCGACCCGCGCCUCUCUCCACUGCUCCCAAAUCUCUCCCUCCCACUGAUCCCCGUCUCCCUUCGCCUUCGUUUCAGAAAACUUCUCGCUUGGUUUGUCCGGAAUGUCAGUUCGCGUUCUAUGAUCUGCAUUUCAUGAACUUGCAUCGUAGCCUCGUCCACGACUCUCGACUCAACUUCUCCACUACCUCCUCCUCCUCCUCCACCAACAACAACAAUAACGAUGUUCAUCACGAGAAUGAAGGUGUGAUGGCCCGGUUCCCUUGGCCGCCGCCUCCCAACCGGCCGCCGCCCCCAUUACCUCUCUCCAUCGACCGCUCCUUGCUCAUCCAAGCCGCCCGAAACAUAUAUCAAUCUAAUUACUUCACUUGAUCAUCCCGCCUGUUUUCUUUUUUUCAUUCUCAUAGAUUCCUUCUUUCUACACACACACAACACACUCUCUUUCAACAUUUAUACACGUCUUCUU